AUGGGGAGCACAGACAUGGGGAGUACAGACAUGGGGAACACCGACAUAGGGAACAUCGGCAUUGGGAGUGCAGACAUGGGGAAUACCGACAUGGGGAGUACAGAAAUGGGGAACACCGACAUGGGGAAUACAGACAUGGGGAACACCGACAUGGGGUGUAGAGACAUGGGGAACACCGACAUGGGGUGUACAGACAUGGGGAACACCGACAUGGGGAACAUCAACAUCGGGAAUACAGAAAUGGGCAACACCGACAUGGGCAGUACACACAUGGGGAACACCGACAUGUGGUGUACAGACAUGGGGAACAGCGACAUGGGGUGUACAGACAUGGGGAACAUCGACAUGGGCAGCACAGACAUGGGGAGUACAGAUAUUGGGAAUACCGACAUAGGGAACAUCGGCAUUGGGAGUGCAGACAUGGGGAACAUCGCCAUUGGGAGUGCAGACAUGGAGAAUACUGACAUGGGGAGUACAGAAAUCGGGAACACCGACAUGGGGUGUACAGACAUGGGGAACACCGACAUGGGGUGUACAGACAUGGGGAACAUCAACAUUGGGAGUACAGACAUGGGGAACAUCGACAUUGUUGGUACAGACAUCGAAAACACGGAUAUUGGGAGUACAGAUAUGGGGAACACGGACAUGGGGAACAUCAACAUUGGGAGUACAGACAUGGGAAACACCGACAUGGGGAAUACAGACAUGGGUAACACCGACAUGUGGUGUACAGACAUGGGGAACAUCGACAUUGGGAGUACAGACAUGGGGAACAUCAACAUUGGGAGUACAGACAUGGGGAACACCGCCGUCAUGGGGUGUACAGAAAUGGGGAACAACGACAUGGGGUGUACAGACAUGGGGAACAUCGACAUUGGGAGCACAGACAUGGGGAACACCGCCGUCAUGGGGUGUACAGAAAUGGGGAACAACGACAUGGGGUGUACAGACAUGGGGAACAUCGACAUUGGGAGCACAGACAUGGGGAACACCGACAUGAGGAACACCGUAAUCGGGAGUACAUACAUAGGGAACAUCGACAUGGGGUGUACAGACAUGGGGAACAUCGACAUUGGGAGUACAGACAUGGGGAACACAGACAUGGGGAGGACAGGUAUGGGGAACACCGACAUGGGGAACAUCGGCAUGGGGAGUACAGAUAUGGGAACACUGACAUGGGGAGUACAGACAUUGGGAACAUCGACAUGGGAAGAAAAAACAUGGGGAACUAUGACAUGA